AUGGCAAUACAAGUCGUUUUCACAGCGUGUGGUAUGCUUGUCGUUAAACGAUGUCUAUUUAACUAUCGUCUGGUUUUUUCAGCUUCCAGGUAUAACAAGUCCGCUCUUGGGGGCGCGCAGAAGAAACGAACAGGACCCAAACCAGAACUCACUGAAGAGCAGAAACAAGAGAUUCGAGAAGCCUUUGACUUAUUUGACACUGAAGGCACUGGUACUAUUGAUGCCAAAGAAUUGAAAGUUGCCAUGCGAGCACUUGGAUUUGAACCCAAAAAAGAAGAGAUUAGGAAGAUGAUCCAGGACAUCGACAAGGAGGGAACUGGCACCAUUGACUUUAAUGACUUCUUAACGAUGAUGACAGCAAAGAUGAGUGAGAAAGACUCCAAGGAAGAGAUCAUGAAAGCCUUCCGUUUGUUUGAUGAUGAUGAAACCGGCAAAAUAUCAUUUAAGAACUUAAAACGUGUUGCAAAGGAGCUCGGAGAAAAUCUAACAGAUGAGGAGUUACAGGAGAUGAUCGAUGAGGCGGACCGGGAUGGUGAUGGUGAAAUCAACGAAGGCGAAUUCUUGCGUAUCAUGAAGAAGACCAGUUUAUAUUGAUGACUGUGCCUGUGAUGAUUUAGACUUACAAAUGUCAGUGUGUUUUGUACAAAUUCCAGCUAGUCAGUUGUACAUUAUUAAUGUCCCUGGAAUUAUUUCAUAUCUCUGCUCCUCUCAAAUAGUUUCACCACAUUUUAUCCUUUAAUGCUCGCUCGACACACACUAUCAAGUUUUAAGCGACAAUUUUUUUUUUUGUCAGUGUUAGGCAUUCUGUGCACCUUGUUAGACACACUGUGUUAAAUUGUGUUGAGGCACACUUACCAGUUGUGUUUAGGCACAAUAUGUUCAUUUUUCUUUAGGCACACUCUGUUCAGUUAUGUUUAGAAACAGUGUUCAGUUGUGUUUAGGCACAUGGUGUUCAAUUGUGUUUAGGCACAUGGUGUUCAAUUGUGUUUAGGCCCAAUAUGUUCAUUUGUGUUUAGACACAUGGUGUUCAAUUUUGUUUAGGCACAAUAUGUUCAUUUGUGUUUAGGCAUACUGUUUAGUUGUGUUU